UCGUCGCCGCCGGGUGGUCCGCUCCACUCCCACCCUCCGUAACGCAAACCGCUCCCUCCCCAUGGCCGCCGCCGCCGCCGCCACCCGAGCCGUCCGCCUCCUCCUCUCCUCCUCGCGCCGUCUCCACGCAAGCGCUUCCGAGGGAGCGGCGACGGCGAGGGAGGCGCACAGGAGCUUCAUCCACACGGCCGCCGUCGUCCACCCCGACGCCGUCAUCGGACAGGAUGUCUCAAUAGGCCCGUUUUGUACUGUGGGAGCUUCAGCAAGGAUUGGUGAUGCUUGCCAGUUACACGCUGGGAGCCAUGUCAUGGGAGAUACCGAACUAGGAGAGAGAUGUGUUGUUUCCACUGGCGCUAUCCUUGGUGCAGACAUUCCUGGGAAGACUAUUAUUGGUGAAAACAAUGUCAUUGGACACCACGCGGCAAUUGGUGUGAAGUGCCAAGAUCUUAAGUAUAAGUCAGGAGAUGAAUGCUUUCUACAGAUUGGUAAUAAUAAUGAGAUCAGAGAGUACUGCUCUAUUCAUCGGUCUUCUAAAUCUUGUGACCGCACGGUUAUUGGUGACAAUAAUCUUAUAAUGGGUUCAUGCCAUAUAGCACAUGAUUGCAGUAUUGGCAACAAUAACAUAUUUGCUAAUAAUACUCUUUUUGCUGGGCAUGUUGUUGUUGAAGAUUGCACCCGUACUGCAGGGGCUGUUGUUGUCCAUCAAUUUUGUCAUAUUGGGUCAUUUUCAUUUCUUGGUGGAGGCGCUGUGGUUGCACAAGAUGUGCCAAGGUACAUGAUGGUUGCAGGUGAUAGAGCAGAGCUUCGUGGUCUGAAUCUUGAAGGUCUUAAGCGCAAUGGUUUCUCAGACCAAGAGGUACAGAUGUUGAGGAAAGCUUAUAAAAAAGUAUUUAUGCCAUCUAUUGAUAGUCAGAGUAGCUUUGAUGACAGGCUUGCUGAAUUGGAACAUGAAACUGCGUUAUCAGAAACUCCUGUAUCCUAUAUGGUGGAAUCUAUUCGUAUGUCGUUUGGCCAAGGACGCCGUGGAAUUUGCAAAUUUAGAAAUUGGAACCGCUGACAAUUCUGAACUCUCAAGUUUUACUGGCAAUUUCCAAAAAACCACUUAGGAAACACCGCUCAUUCUUUGAUAGUUAAAGCAAGGGUUUCCUGAGAACAGGAAUACAUCAUACAGACGUUGAAUGCCACGUACUCCAGAUUUUUGCCAUUAUCGUCGCAUCAGGAUAUAGGACACUCAGAAGUUGGUGUAGUUUCCUUUUCUUUUUAUUUCCUCUUGAGAUGAGUAGUGGUGUUCGUGGAUGCACAAAUGCUCCGUAGCUGUACACAUUUGGCGCUGCCUCGAUUUUCCUCUUGUACAGUUUAUGUAUGAUGCCUCAUAAUCUCAGGCUGGAAGUUGUAGGGUAUGGUCCAAAUUUUGCAUUGGUGUUGGUCAGACGACGUCCAGUUUUGCUAGCAAUUCUGAAUCUGCUUUGCAGAAACCUUCAUUCCGAAUAAGCUCUAGUCUGCUAGGGCCUCUUUAAAGAG